AUGGUAGCCACUUUAGCUCACUGGGUGGUCGUCUUUACCAGCUUGGCCGGCGCGCUGGGUGCGGCGCCGCCACGCAAAACUCGUGACCGUGAAUCGGUGCGAAAUGUAGCCAUUAUCGGAGCUGGAGCUGCCGGUGCAUCAGCUGCGUAUCACCUCAGCCAAUACGCGCGCGACGAAGACCUCCCCAUCAACAUUACCAUCUUCGAAAAGACGCCCCGCGUUGGCGGCCGUACACUCACCGUGCACGCCUACGAUGACCCGACAUCCGGGGAGCUGCCCGUCGAGCUCGGCGCUUCCAUCUUUGUCACAGCCAAUCGCAUCAUGCAUGAUGCCGCCUUGCGAUUCAACCUGACGCUCGACGAUCCGAUGCCAUCCAACAAAGGCGACCUGACCAUCAUCUGGGACGGCGAGAACAUCGUCUUCGAGACGACCGAGGGCGGCAGCUCCUGGUGGUGGGAGGCGGCGCGUAUGUGGUGGCGCUACGGCAUGAGCCCCUACCGCGCCGUCAGCCUGGUCAAGACGGUUGUCGGCACGUUCUUGAAGCUGUACGAUCCGCCCUUCUUCCCGUUCCGCUCGCUCACACAGCGCGCCUACGAGCUCGGCCUCGAGCGCGUCACCGGCGUCACCGGUGAGCAGUUCCUGGCAGACGCCAAAGUCAACGAGGACUUUUGCCGACAUGUUCUGCAGCCGGCCACGCGCGUCAACUACGGCUCCAACCUGGCGCACAUUCACGGGUUGGAAACAAUGGUCUCGUUUGCGACGGACGGUGCCGUGGCCGUCCGGGGCGGCAACUGGCAGAUAUUCGACAAGAUGAUCGAGGCUAGCGGUGCCAACUUCUACCGCAACGCCACGGUCGAGGCCAUCAACUUCAAGCCCGAAGGUCCUAACAGUGUUGCUCGCGCGUUGAAAAAGUAUGCCAUUUCCGUGGUGGACAACCAGGCUGUCCGGACGGCCUUUGAUGAUGUCAUCAUCGCCACGCCCUGGCAAUACAGCAACAUCUCUGCGGGCAGAGGCAUCAUCACACAUAAGAUUGACAAGAUCCCUUACAAGGAGCUGCACGUUGUCUUGUUCACGUCUCCGUACAGGCUGCGCACCGACAUGUUUGGGCUGCCGCGCGGAGGCACGCCGCCGUCGAAUAUCUACACGACUCUCAAGGCGGGCAGUGCAGCUGAUCCAGACAACGUGGUGGGCGAUACGGGCUUCUUUUCCCUGAGCACACUGCGAACCGUGGUGAAUCCGACGACGCAGCAGGCCGAAUACCUGUACAAGCUCUUUGCGCCCAAGGAGGUGGCGCCUGUGUUCCUGGACAGCUUCUUUGACAGCGACUGGAAGGACAAGCAGCAGCAGAUGGCUGAAGGACAGGAACAAAUCAUGGACGGCGGCGCGGAGCCGAACAAGGUGACGUGGUACCACAUGCAAAAGUUCAAUCCGUACCCGGUCGAGCUCCCGCGGGUCACGUUUCAGGACCCAAUUGUGGGCAACGGUAUCUACUACACGUCGGGCAUCGAGAGCUUCAUCUCGACCAUGGAGACGAGCGCGCUGAUGGGCAAAAACGUGGCGCGGCUGCUGGCCGACGACAUGGCGGGCAACGCGGGCAGCGGCGGCGCGUACGUGAACCCGUACCGGGGCCAGCCGACGACGAGCCGGCAACAACAGCAGCAGCAGCAGCAGCAGCGACGGGAGGACUUUUUCCAGAGCAUGGAGAAUGACCUGGAUGAUUUGAUGAUGAUGGACGAGUUAUAA